GUCAAACAGAAAAUGUCAACACAGACAUGUCAAAAUGAAAGAAAAUGAUUAUGGACAAAAACAAAAAUGAAUUUAUUAUAAAAAAUGUAAAGGAAAUAGAAGAAUCUGUACGGCAUUUAAAUUUAUUUUACAUAAGCUUAGGACUAACAAAAAAGGAUUUGAAAACAGUUUGUUGCUCAAAAUCCAAUUACAAUGGGAUAGUUAUAUAUACAAUAUUAUUUUUAUUAUUAUGUGUUUUAAUACAGUCUACUUUUAUUACUACAGUGUUAAAUUAUUUUCUUGGUGUGAGGUGUAUAUUAAGAAAUAAUUAUAUUGUGUGGGAAGCAACUCGACCUCUAUCUAACUGUGAAUUUUGCCAUGAUAUUGUUGCUCCAAUAGUUUUAAAAAAUAUUACAAAAGAUGAGUUCUCUCUUUAUGCUUAUACAUCAAAACCUGUAGUCAUUAAGGAAGCAUCCUUAAAUUGGCCUGCGAGACAGUUAUUUGAUCUAAAUUUUUUUAAGAAUUUAUAUUUAAGUAUAAAUGAUUCAUAUAGGAGUGUAGAUGAUGAAUGUCAAUUUUUACAUUUCAAAUCAAACUUUAUUUCAAUAAAAGAUGUUUUUAAUAUGACACAAUCAAGAAUAAAAAAUGCUCAAGGUGAAACUUCUUGGUAUGUUGGAUGGGGUAACUGUCAUCCAAUUAUUUUACAAGAGAUGAGAAAGUAUUAUCCAAAGCCACAUUUCUUGCCAGAUGAUUGUGAAAUUCCAGCCAAAGAGUAUGUUUUCAUGGGUUACGAUGAUGGUGCCACCAUGCAUCUUGAUUUUAUCAAUCGAUUAAUGUGGCAAGCUCAACUUCAGGGUACUAAAACAUGGAAUCUUCUGCCACCUCCUGAAUGUGAACAGUCAUGUAAACCUAUUAAAUUUAUAGCUGAACCUGGGGAUGCAGUUUUGGUGGACACUAGAGUGUGGUAUCAUGGGACCACAAUCAAAACUGGAGAUUUUAGUUUAUCAGUACAGUCUGAAUAUGGAUAAAGUUUGUUUUUACAACUAUUUUUAACAAUUGCCUAUUUUUAGCCUAGUCAUUUUAAUUGUACAAACUACAAUUUUUAAUAAUCAUAGUUACCAAAAACCUAGUACUAAUGUGCCAUUGUCAUGCCAGAUUCUAUAAAAUGUAUCUAUUUUCAAAAUAAAUUUUUAUUAUUCA